UGGAGCUGAGACUGCAGAUAUUGUUACUCUCCUGUCUCCAGAUUUUAUAGUGUUGGAGAUCCCAUCCCUGGGAAACCAAAUAUCUGGCUGAUAGACAUCUUGGAUACUUCAGGAAUGACUUGCCAAUAUGAUCUGGAAGGAUCCCAGAAACUAUACUCAAGUAUUGAGCUGUCACCAGCAGAGCAGCUAUCCGGGAAUGUUGAAAGAUACAGUAUUAUAAAGGAUAUUAAGAAGAGAGAAUGCGUGGUGUUCACAAAGGACUCCAGUUCACAGGAGAGUCUAUGCAAAUGCGGAUAUCUCAAGAGACAACACACUGAAGGUGUACAGACCAAUCAGAAUGAUAAGUGGAACUACAAGAGGCACACCAAAGAAGUAUCCACAGAUGCAUAUGGGGAAAUUCAAUUUGAGACCUUUGGAAGAAGAGCAAAAUACAUUCGUAUGUCCAGAGACACAACCCCUGAGAUUCUAUAUAAGCUUAUGACCAGUUACUGGCAGCUGAGGACCCCAAACCUUAUAAUUUCUGUGACUGGAGGUGCCAGAAACUUCUCUCUGAAACCAAGAAUACGCAAAAUCAUCAGACGCCUGGUUUAUAUUGCUCAGAGCAAGGGAGCGUGGAUUUUCACAGGAGGCACUCACCAUGGCUUGAUGAAAUACAUUGGAGAAGUGGUCAGGGAUAACACGAUAAGUCGAAGCUCAGAAGGAAAAGUGGUGGCAAUUGGUAUUGCAGCCUGGGGAAUGAUUUCCAACCGUAACUCUUUAAUUCGGAGCCCAGAUGCUGAGGGGAAUUACAUUGCCCAUUAUGACAUGGAUGGGCAGAAGGAAGAUGGUCUCUACUUUCUGGACAACAACCACACUCACUUUAUUCUUGUAGACAAUGGAUCCCAUAAACAUCCAACAAUUGAAGCAGGACUCCGUGCUUCACUGGAGAAGUGUAUAUCUGAGCUCACGGCACCAGAUUCUGAUUACAGUGGGAAAAUUCCAAUUGUAUGCUUUGCUCAUUCAGGAGGGAAGGAGACGCUCAAGGCAAUAAAUAGAGCUUUAAAAAGUAAUAUCCCAUGCAUUGUGGUUGAAGGAUCUGGGCAAAUAGCAGAUGUUAUUGCCAGCUUGGUGGAAGCAGAGGGUACACCAGUUACAUCCACAGUAAUCAAAGAGAAGAUGCUUCAGUUCCUAAAAUAUUCUGUGUCUUGUCUCACAGAGAAUGAAUUGGAGGCCUGGAUUCAAUGGGUAAAAGAGAUAAUGGAAAGCCCACAUCUUCUAACUGUCAUCACAAUUGAUGAAGCUGGGGAUGAAACUGUGAGCAAUGCCAUUUCCUCUGCCUUGUACAAAGCUUACAGUACUAGCAAACAGGACAAGGGUAACUGGAAUGCACAACUGAAGCUUCUCCUGGACUGGAACCAGCUGGAACUGGCCAGCAAUGAGCUGUUUGCUAAUGGACAACGUUGGAAGACUGCUGAUCUGGAAGAUGCCAUGUUUUCUGCAAUUGUGAAGGAUAGGCCUGAAUUUGUACGUCUCUUACUAGAGAAUGGGCUUGACCUGGAUAACUUUGCGAGCAGUGAGAUCCUUAGACAGCUCUUCUCGGAGCAUUUCAGCACCCAUGCCUUUAAGAGUUUGGAGGUGGCAGACAAAUCCUACAGUCCUUUGCUCACCUUUGUUUGGAGAAUAGUGCUAUUCUACCAGCCCAGCAAUAAGGAAAAGUGCAACAGCAGUGACUAUAAGAUCCAGAAUAUUUCUUCACUAAUAAAAAGACAUCCAACCCAUAUACUGUUUCUAUGGGCUAUUCUCCAGAAUAAAAAAGAGCUGUCUACAGUUAUUUGGGAGCAGGCUAAGGGAUGCACUCUUGCUGCCCUGGGUGCUAGCAAACUUCUGAAACACUUGGCUAAAGGGAACAAAGACGCUAGUGCUGCUCAGGAGUCAGAGGAAAUGGCAAAUGACUAUGUAACAAGAGCUAUAGAGUUAUUCACAGAAUGCUACAGUAAUGACAAGAAAAUAGCAGAAAUGGUAUUGGUUCAUCCCUGUGAGGCCUGGGGGAAGAGUAACUGCCUGGAAAUGGCAGUAGGAGCAAAUGACCAGCGGUUCAUAGCACAACCAGGAGUGCAGAACUUUAUCUCCAAACAAUGGUAUGGAUGGAUAUCCAGAGAUACCAAGACCUGGAAGAUUCUGUUGUCUCUCUUCUUUUUCCCCCUCAUCAGCUGUGGAUUUAUCACUUUCAGAAAAGAUUCAAACAGAAAGAAAGGCCACCUAUGGAAAUACUUCCUUUUCUUUACUUCGCCCUUUGCUGUAUUUUCCUGGACUGUUAUAUUUUACAUUGGCUUCCUCUUCCUCUUUGCCUACGUCCUUCUCAUGGAUUUCCAGCCAAUCCCCACAGGCCUGGAGAUAGUAGUCUACUUGUUGGUUUUUAUCUUGCUGUGUACUGAGAUAAGACAGAUGACAAUAGGCAAAGCCAAGUAUUCUAGAGACAGGUGGAACAUUAUGGAUUGCAUGGCCAUCCUGUAUUUUAUUGUGGGAGUGUUAUUUAGGCUACAGAACUCUAGCCCCAGCGCUCUGUACAUUGGAAGAGUGAUCCUGUGUCUGGAUUACAUUAUCUUCACAUUGAGGCUUAUUCACAUCUUCACCAUCAGCCAGAACCUUGGACCAAAAAUAAUUAUGCUACAAAGAAUGUUUGUUGAUGUAUUCUUCUUCCUCUUUCUCUUUGCUGUUUGGAUUGUUGCUUUUGGUGUGGCCCACCAAGGAAUUCUGCGUCUGAAUGAACAUCGAUGGGAGUGGAUUUUCCGCUCCGUUAUAUACCAGCCAUAUUUAGCAAUGUUUGGAGAACCUUUUUCUGAUGUGGAUGCAACCUAUGAUUUUGACAAAUGCACCAUCACUGGAAAUGAGUCUAAACCGAUGUGUGUAGAGAUGGACAGCGAGAACAACCCUCGAUUCCCAGAAUGGAUCACCAUCCCACUGGUGUGUGUCUACAUGCUUUCCACCAACAUCCUGCUAGUGAACCUGCUCAUUGCCAUGUUUGGCUAUACAGUUGGAUCAGUGCAAGAUAACAAUGAACAGGUGUGGAAGUUCCAGAGAUAUUUUCUGGUCCAGGAGUAUUGUAACCAACUCACUAUUCCAUUCCCUUUUGUCAUCUUUGGGUACAUCUAUGUGAUAAUCAGGAACAUGAUCAAUUGCUGCAGCAAAAAACAUGAGCCUCCAUCCUCACCUUGCUGCUCCAACGCGGAGCAUAACAAAACUUUGGCCUGGGAAGCUGUAAUGAAGGAAAACUACCUGGUAAAAAAGACCAGUGAGGCCCAAAACAACAUGGAGAUGGAGCAUAGGUUCAAGCAGCUGGAAGGAAAGCUGAAUGACUUGCAAAGUUUAGUGAUGAACCUGACAGUCAAAAUAAAGUGACCACUAUUCCUGGAGCGGGAUAGAUGAAUAUCACCUCAGACUGGGACGCCAGUCUUCCUACAACCCCCUGGGCCCCAUUAUCUUCUCAGUAAUACAGGAGCCUUCGAAAAUUCAGUUCUUCUCAGAGAGGCUCAACAGACACUCUUACAGCUUCCCAUCCAACAUUAUCUGCCGAACAUCAUCAGCCAAUAUAGGGCAUUUAAUGAUGGCUGAAGCAGCGAGAUCCCAUCUUACAAAUUGCUCAGCUUAGGCAGAAUAUUUGGUUCUAUUAGUUCUAUUCUGUAUGUUGUACAUCUCCCCCACCCUAUUAUGUUGCACACUAUACAUAUGGUUUUAGACACAUUAUACUUUGUAGAACAGAAUCAUGGAUGAUUUCACUACAGUAUCUAAACCAUUAUAUAAACCUCAUUGUGAUUGAUGUACUAUAUACCUCUUAACAAUGUAUAUUAUUAAUCUCCCAGAAGUGCCAAAAUACAAGCAUUCGUCAUGCCCCAACCAAAAACCAUAAGAUAUAAGGCAUGCCACUCUUUUGAAUGAGGCGCUAGUCAGAAAUUGAUACCAGGGACAUACUAGAGCUGUGGCAUUCAAUGGGUGAAACACCUGUGCUGAAUCAUGAAUUGUGAUGUAAUUGUGUACUGUGGCCGGCGUUGGGUGCGUGCGAUGCUUUCUCAAGGCUUCUACCCUGAGCUUAUAGCGCUGGUUUAUUCUACACAAAUUCUAUUGCUGCUUAUCCGAAGGAGAACGUCUGAACCGGCAAGGGGAGUGAACUACAGAAAUCUUGGAUUUUUCUUUUUCAUUGGAGGUAUAAAGACCAUAUGUAUUGCCAAACAGACCCCCCUGUAGUCUGUCAAUCCACCUUUGGGCAACUAAAUUACCAAUUACAGCCAUUAUUGUGCACCCCCAGGCCUGGACUGGUAAUCUAUGGGUAAUCUAAGGCACAACUAUUGAGGAAGCAGACCCUGCAGUUGCAGGUGGGGUUCAGGAGUGCAAGGCUCAAAUCAAAGAGCUGUUUCAAUAUAUCUUGAUAGAAUAGGUCAACUUACCAAGAGUUGAAUUUGCUGUGGGGCCCAGUUUCAUCUGUUCACAUUACUGAUCCCAGCCCAGAUCUGGCCACCCCUCCAGGAACUUUUUUCAUGUUUGUGUUGUUCCCCAAUUUUUUAUAUUAAAAUGUGGCUCACGGAUAAAAAAAAAUUUGACACUUGUAAUGAUGAAUUGUAAUAUUGAGAUAUGUGAGUUCUGUUCCUCACUCACAAUCUCUUGUGUCAGUAUAAAGGCUGUUUAAUUAUA